GUUUCGGGGAACGGGUGAGUGUCGACAGUGAUUGGGUCUAAUCAGAGGCAGUAAUAACCAUUAAUACGCAUUUAUCUAAAGAAGUCCAAAGAAAGCUGUACGCACAAACAGGUCAGCGGUCAGUCAUAGUUAUGUGAUUCAUUAGCGCUAGAGUGUUCACUGUGGAGAAGACAAACAUGCAUCUACAGAAAAUCUGGACUUGUUUGACUGAGUCUUGUGAUUGGUCUGUGCAUGUGACGCCGUAAAGCUGCUUUUGGAAGGUCUGUCAGCUAAAUACAGGAAGAGAAAAGUUUUCCUGCCUGUUAAACAGCCUGCUCGUCUCUUCGGAAACUAUUCCUGUCUAUGGUAAUGCACUGCAAAGAUGGAAAAUUCAGACCAUCCCGCUGAGGGAGACCCUUUGAAAAGAGAAGAUGGGGUAGAAGCAGGCCCUCCUGCAUCCACUACAGAGCUUAAGAAGGGCUGUAAAGAGUUGGGCUUUGCCAAACUCACGCACUGGCGCACAGCAGUGUUUUUCUUCUCCUUGUUCCUCUGCCUUACUGUAGUCUUUGCCUUCUCCUUCAUCAUCCCAUGUCCAGUCAGACCACAGUAUCUUAUAGCAUGGAACAGGACAUUCAAUGAAACAGCCACAUAUGACUUUCUGGCAGUUGAAUAUGCAAGUAAAGACAAGGUGAUGGAUGUGCUGUUUGUCAUCAAGAGUAGUGACGAAAGUCAGAAUAUUACUUGUGCUGAUAAAGGUCUGCCAUCUCCAUGCAUCUUUUUGCUCGCUGUUGAUGGGACAGAUGGAGAGACUCUGUGGAAGCAACCACUGGAGCCAGAGUUCCACUGGGCACAGUGUGGUCUGAAGAAAUACAGUAGCAGGAGCUGGGACUGUCUGGUGUCACACUCUGAUAAACUCACAGCUAUUGACAAAUCCAAAGGAGAAGUUCAGUGGCAGCAGCCACAGCCAGCUGGGCAGCCCAGCACUAUUCCUGUUUUGAGUCUUCCAGAUCUGGAUAGUGACAAGGAAGGCGAUGUUGCUCUCUUAGCCCAUGACUCUGAAAGCACCAAGGUGAUUUUUCUCUCAGGGAAAACUGGUUUGCAGAUUGGUUCAACAGUUCAAGUUAAUGCAACAAAAACUGUCAAUCAUCUUCUGUAUCGAACCAAAGGUGGUUCCUACUAUAUACUUUUUGAAAAAGACACAGGACUAUUUGGACUUGCACUGUGGAGAGUAGCUGCUAAAGCAGGAAUUGAGGCAGGUCUCACCAAAGACAAACACUGGGAAAGCAAAGCCAAUGCAAUAGGACUUGUGCACAUUUUCAAAUCUGAACAAGUAAGACAAGUGUUAAAAACUGCUGAAAAAGAUUCUGCAAACUUGCUUGUUGUGACGGACACAGAAGUGCUACAAAUUGAUGGGAACUUGGAGAUAUUGUGGAUGUAUAAUACCAGCUCUAUCCUAGGGAUACCGUCUUUUGGUCACUUCAACAAAGAUGAAAUUCUUGAUGUUGUUAUUGAAGAGGGUGUUGGCAAUAACACAAAGAAGGUGAUCAUUUUGGAUGGAGAGUCUGGAGUUGUAGUAUGGGAAGUCACUCUCCAGGCCAGUACGAAUUCACCACGACCUGCUUCCAUUCACACCGCCAAUUCCUUUUCUGUCUUUAUGUUCUGGGGCCUUGUGGGGACAGAGACCAACUCAUCUGUGGAAAUAACAAGCAACCGCCGUGCCUACAUGCUCCAUCCAUUAUAUUCUAAAGUGCUUCUUGAGUCCCCCAAUGCUGUGGACCAUAUUAUCACGUUCAGAGCCACAUUGUUGGAACACGGGCGUCACGCUGCCUACUUCACACUCACUGGUCCUGGGUCAGAGGGGGUUGAGGGGACUGUGAUCCUCAGCAAAAGAAAACUGAAGCAGGAUGUUCCCGAGAGCAGAGUCAUUCGGAUCGGCUCCGGAGGAGACACAGAGACCAAUGAGAACAUCAAAGAGGCCUUCAACAGACUGCGUUUCAGUGAUGAGUGAAUAAAGCUGUGUAUGAGUGUACUGUAAAUAACUGUUAAAACUGCUGACAGCCAAAGAGACUUCUAAAAGGUAUAAGGGCUUUUCCUUACCUUAACUUGCUGCAAAAUGGGCAUUAUGUAGUUUUUGUUCCAAUUACUUCUUCUCUGACAAUCACACUACAAAAUAUAGGUCUAUUUAUAUCAUAUGUAGCUGUAUGUACUAAUCUGUUGCUUCGUGAACUUGAUCAUAUGGGGUUAAAGGUUUUUGUUACUUUUUGCAGGGAAUGUAAGGGGUGUGUUUGGUUAAAUAUAUACAGUGGAAUCAUUAAUUGUAUAUAAAGAGUGGAAUAUACUGAGUUUGAACUUGAAAUCAUGCCCUGCUGAGGUGGUUGAUUAUGAAGCAAAUGAAUGAGCAGUGCUAAUAGAAAAUUUUGGCAAUGAAUGCAUAUUAUACAUGUAACUUAAUCCAGAAUGCUGGAGCUCAUGAAUGUGGUCAGACCAAAUGUUUGUUUUGUUUUUUUUCAUUGCUGUGGUUUUAUUAUAAGUUCAUAUGCAAGAAAAACAACAUUAAAGAGCUUUGAAAUAUCUUA